GGGAGAUAACUCACAUUGUGAUUGCUAUAAGGGGCACUGGAAGGUCGCUAAUAUAAACGAAAAAAAUGGCCUCACUGCGAGCUUCCAAAACAGCAAGUUUCUUGCGAAGUUGGCGCAGAUCAGACAUCAGCACAUCACUAUGUCGCAGCUGGAACCGACCUGCAUCACAAGCUGCAGCUGCCGCCCCGAUGGAGAAGCUGCUGAUUGCCAACCGAGGGGAGAUCGCCUGCCGCGUGAUGAGGACAGCCCACAAACUGGGCAUCAAGACGGUGGCCGUGUACAGCGAGGCCGAUGCCGAUUCUAUGCAUGUUGCCAUGGCAGAUGAAGCCUACCUGAUUGGACCCCCUGCAGCGGGGGAGAGCUACCUGUGUAUGGACAAGGUGAUGAAUGUUGCCAAGGAGUCUGGUGCACAGGCCAUCCAUCCUGGCUAUGGUUUCUUGUCCGAGAACACCGAGUUUGCCGAGCUGUGUGCCAGAGAGGGCGUGACCUUUGUAGGCCCACCUGCCUCCGCCAUCAGAGACAUGGGAAUCAAGAGUACUUCGAAGACUAUCAUGUCAGCUGCUGGUGUGCCAAUUAUCCAGGGUUACCAUGGCGAGGACCAAUCACUUGACAGGUUAAAGAAAGAGGCCAAGCAGAUUGGCUACCCAGUCAUGAUCAAGGCAGUUAGAGGUGGAGGAGGCAAGGGGAUGCGGAUCUGUAUGUCGGAGGAGGAGUUUGAGACCCAGCUGGAGUCAGCCAUGACGGAGGGUCGGAAGUCUUUUGGUGAUGACGUGAUGCUGAUUGAGAAGUUUGUGGAAACACCAAGGCACGUGGAGGUGCAGGUGUUUGGGGACUCCCACGGCAACUACGUGUACCUGUUUGAGCGGGACUGCAGCGUACAACGGCGCCACCAGAAGAUCAUUGAGGAAGCACCUGCACCUGGAAUCAGUGAAGAAGUGAGACAGGCUCUCGGUGAGGCCGCAGUGAAAGCAGCAGCCGCCGUCGACUACGUUGGAGCAGGGACAGUGGAGUUUAUCAUGGACAAGGACUUCAAGUUCUACUUCAUGGAGAUGAACACACGUCUGCAGGUGGAGCACCCCAUCACGGAGAUGAUCACCAGCACCGACCUCGUGGAGUGGCAGCUCAGGGUCGCCGGCGGAGAGAAGCUGCCUGUAGCACAAGAGCAACUCAAGUUUACUGGUCACGCCUUUGAGGCGAGGAUCUACGCUGAAGACCCCAACAACAGCUUCAUGCCUGGAGCCGGACCCCUUCUACACAUUACCACCCCUGUGGAAGGGGAUGGAGUCCGUAUCGAGACUGGAGUCCGACAGGGAGAUGAAGUGUCGGUGCAUUACGACCCUAUGAUUGCCAAGCUUGUUGUGUGGGCCGCAGACAGACAGUCAGCUCUCAGACGCACCAGGACAGCAUUGCAAGACUACCACAUUGUGGGUGUCAACACUAACAUCAAGUUCUUGUUGGAUCUGGCGGCACACCCCGAGUUCCAGGCAGCCAACGUUCACACCGACUUCAUUCCCCAACACAAGGACCAGCUCUUCCCACAGUCCAUCCUCUCGGCACAAACACUGUGUCAUGCUGCUGUUGCUAUGGUUACACUACAGCAGAGUCGGACGGUUAGAAGAAGCCAAAUUACACAAGAUCCCUUCUCUCCUUUCUCGUGGUGCAGCGGAGCCCGUGUUAACCAGGCUGCGUCUAGGCAACUGUUGCUAUGUGACGGAGACGAAGAGGUGGCAGUGGAAGUGGAGUCAGAUGGAGGUAUGUUCGUUGUGCGGAUGGACGGCGUGGAGCGUGAGGUGGUGGCGGAGAUGAAGGAGGAUGGGGACAGACUCUCCCUCACCUGCACCAUCGACGGAGUCAAGACAUCAUCCACAGUCAUCAUGCAGGGAAACUCUCUCCACAUCUUCACCCUGGAUGGUAGUCACGAGCUGCACAUCCCUGUGCCAAAAUAUCUGCAGUCUACCGAAGGAGGAGCAUCAGAUGACGACGCAGUGGCGCCGAUGCCGGGCGUGGUGGAGCGGGUGAUGGUGGCCGAGGGGACACAAGUUGAGAAGGGGGACCCCCUCGUCGUCAUGAUUGCCAUGAAAAUGGAGUAUGUUAUACGGGCUCCACGGUCCGGGGUGGUCCAGCGGGUAGCGUUCCAGCCAGGUCAGACCGUCAACAGAGGGACAGUGCUGGUUCACUUCAAGGAAGACGAAGCAGCACACGACUGAGACCAACAGCAUUAGGACAUAUUGUGUAUAUAGUGAACAGCGUAGUAGUGUAUACGCUGAACAGUGAACAACAUUGCUAUGGAUGAAUAGAUAUCAAACUUGUUGAUAUCCAUGAACUUAGGGCCAGUGAGAUUUGUGUCUGUGUGUUGUGUGUGUGUGUUUCACCAAUACCAACAUGAGGUAUCCAGGACUAGUAUUCAGAGAGAAAUACAAGACAUCUUUUAUGUGAAUUGUUUGAUAGGGAUUACUUAGACGUUGACGUUACGGUAUGGAUCCUGUAUAAGGAUAACUGUAUAAGGUGUCAGCCUUGCUUGACAACUGUAUAAGGUGUCAGCCUUGCUUGACAACUGUAUAAGGUGUCAGCCUUGCUUGACAAAUGUAUAAGGUGUCAGCCUUGCUUGACAACUGUAUAAGGUGUCAGCCUUGCUUGACAACUGUAUAAGGUGUCAGCCUUGCUUGACAACUGUAUAAGGAUCUAUACCAAAAUGUCACCUUUACAGUAAAUGAAGUUGUUAUCCAUAGAUUGUGUCUACUUUAUCUCUUAUGUGGAUCGUAAAAGUCAGGAUGUUCAUUACUUCCUUCCUUGUUUUGAAAUAGGGUCAAAGAAGACAUUUGUAUCAAGGUUGCAAUAAUAUGGUUAGUGUCAAACAAAAAGAUACUGUGUUAACAUCUUGACACAAACUUAAGGAUUGUAAUUUUCCGAUGUUAUUAAUAUUUAUUUGGCAAGCCUUCUGACAGCCUGUUGGCAUGGUGAUGGUGAAUGUAACUUAACUUGUACAUACAACUUUGUGUGUGAGCUGUGUAUCUGCACUUGGAAAUAAAUCAUGUUUCCAUA